GAGGUAUAUGAUUUUUUUCAGGUUACCUGUACUACUGUCACCAUAUAGCGACCGUUUUAUAAAAAUAACUUUUUUUUAAAUCAUAUUUGCUCCAAUCUCGCCUACUUCAGCUUUAAAAGGAACUACACGACAAAAGCAAACACUGACAGCAUCCAACAACUCUCAGGAUGGGGCAGGUCUUAUAGACUAGAGAACAGCUGCCUCUAAUCACUUGAUCAGCACCUCUGAGGCCGUCACACUACACGCUCACAGGAUCUACAAAAAUGCCCAGAAAUUCAACAAGAAGAAAAACCCAAGCACGAAUGUGCUUGCUGUUGGGAGCUCUCCUUGUGACUGUCUACCUCUAUGAAUAUUUUACUGACCACAAAACCCUUCAUCUACGAGAUGUUAAAAACAGUGUCAGUCAAACAAAGGCACCCACCAAAAGCAACUCCACUGCAUACUCCUGGCCAAGAUGUCAACAAAAUGUGAGUGCUGCCAACCAAUCAGGCUUCAGCUCUUUUACUGUUAACUUUCAAAACUUUCUCUACUAUCGACACUGUCGCCAUUUCCCCCUGCUGCUGGACAUUCCUGACAAAUGUGGUGGACCUAGUAAAUCUGCGGACGUCUUCCUUCUGUUGGUCAUUAAAAGUGCGCCUGUGAACUACGACCGCCGAAAGGUGCUGCGCAAAACCUGGGCUAAAGAGAGGUUACACAAUGGUGUGUGGAUUCGAAGGGUCUUCAUCGUAGGAAAUACAGACCCUAACCCUCUACUGGAGAGAGAGAGAAUGAACAAACUCCUCCAACUGGAGCAACGUGAGUAUAAUGACAUCCUCCAAUGGGACUUCAAAGAUUCAUUGUACAACCUAACCUUGAAGCAGAUACUCUUCCUCGAAUGGAUGGAAAUAAACUGUCCACACGCUCGCUUCCUGCUAAAUGGCGAUGAUGACGUCUUUGCCAACACAGAUAACAUGGUUAAGUAUCUCCAAAGCCUCAAAGAUAAUGAUGGAAGCAAGCACCUCUUCAUUGGCAGCAUGAUGGUUUAUUCACCUCCCGUUAGAGAAGUAGAGAACAGGUAUUUUGUUUCAGAGGAGGUGUUUAAGCCAGACUAUUUCCCCCCCUAGUGUAGUGGUGGGGGGUACCUCCUAUCUGGCUACACAGCUUCGGUCAUAUACAAUAUGUCCAAGUCCGUUGGAUUUAUUCCCAUCGAUGAUGCUUACAUGGGGAUGUGUCUUGCCAAAGCAGAACUAAGUCCCACUUCCCAUAUAGGUGUGCAUCCACAUGCUUGGCACAUGCCCUCCAGCAAGAUAGAUCAAUAUGAUCCUUGUUUUUUUAAAGAAGAGCUCCUGGUACACGGUUUCCAGUCAGCUAACAUGUUUUUUAUAUGGCAAAGAUUACAUGACCCCGACCUGAAAUGUGAUCCCCCAGAAACAAAGGAAGAGCCUUUCAAGUGGUGAAGGAGCUUUUGGGUACUUUGCUUAUGAAAGCAUGCAUGGCCCUCUUCAUUCUAUCGUGAGAAAAAGUUCGUACUGCUUCAUAAUACCACUCUGCUGCAGCUCUCAGUGGGUGUCCGACGCACAGUCCAAUAAUUUUAUUUUUCAUUCGGAGUGUGGGAGAGUAUCUUUUGUGUAUUACGGUACAUAUUUACAUAACUCCUGUCAACUUGAUGUUGUGUUAGUUUUGUGACUAGGGCUGGUACUAUUCUGCAAUACUUUCUGACUACAAACUGAAUUAUAGCACAUAAUCCAAACUCAAACCGAAAUUAAAUUGCAUGUUUGUUUGUUUGUUUUUUCCCUGCUACAGCAUACAUAUCUGCUCUGUAUCACUUGUCCUGAGUUUGCCUUUGGGAAAAACUCAAGAAACCAAAAUCAUGGUUUCACGAUGGCGCCACGUUAGUUCUCCGUCUACAUAGAUCCUGCUAAAGUCUCCUUGUUAACUAUCUUACAAAAAAUGGAAAUAAAAGCCUCCUGUCUACAAGAUGGUCUCUUGAGAGAGCGGGUUCUGUUAGUGUGCCUGUCCGGCUGGCUAACUGAUAAUCCCCACAGGCGCGAGCUCGCUGUCGCGCCAGAUUGUGGAGCUUCUCAACUCCGAAAACGUUAGAGCAAAUUUGGGAUUUUCGUAAAACUGACAAUAUUCGAAAUUUACAUAGUUAAUUUCUCGCCUCGAAAAUUCUCAGAAAUUAAUUUAAUGAU